AUGAUCACCUCAGAGGACAGCCGGAUGAGUUUCCACGUGUGCGAGAACAAUGCUUUCACCACCAGAUGGGAUUACUCCGACUCAUGCGAUGGACGACGAUCACACUGUAAGCAGUGCCCUACUUUGUCCAGUUGGCAUUUUCAUGCCUGUCUCAAGCCCAGACCUCACCGUGCUCCUGGGCACACCUCCCCCCUCUCCCCCCCUGGGAAGUGCGAGGACACACCUGCUUCCUCUGAGACCCACUGGGCUCCGAGGACCCGGGUGUCGCCUUGGUCCUCUCAGCUCAGCGCCAAGGUUCCCAGGAGACCUUUGGUGUGGAGAAGCAGACCCUCGGGGUCCUUAGGACUGCCACAGCGACUCAGAGGGGGGAACAGGACGAAGCUUGGAUUGAUCUUCACAUAA